AUGGCCAUUCGAUUUGUCGAUGACAGCCUUCAAGAAGUGGCCCCAGGCACGCCGGGCGAGAUUUGUGUCUCUUGCCCCACUAUCAUGAUGGGCUACAAGGACAACGAAAAGGCAACUCAAGAGAGCUUCCUAGAGCCCGGCUGGUACCGGACUGGCGAUAUUGGCUAUUUGGAUAAGAAUGGAUAUCUCAUCAUCGUCGACCGGAUCAAGGAUGUAAUCAAAUACAAAGGAUUCCAAGUCUCUCCGAGCGAGCUCGAAGAAAUCAUCGGCCGCCACCCGCAUGUCCACGACGUCGGGGUCGUCGCGACCUGGGCCGACUCCGAGGCCACCGAGCUCCCACGGGCAUUUGUGGUCGCGGAUCCCGAAGUGGCCGUGAGCGCGUUCCCGCGCCUCGCCGACGAAAUCUGCAAGCUCGUCGCGGAUCAAGUGGCCGGGUACAAGAGGUUGCGGGGCGGUGUGCGGUUUGUAGAUAGCCUGCCAAGGAACCCGACCGGGAAGCUGUUGAGAAGACAGUUGAGAGAUGAGCAGGAGCGGGGAGAGAGUGCUGGUGGGCAAUUGAAGGGAAAGAUGUGA